AUGGCGCCCGCCGACGCGCUCGAGCGCGCGCGCGUCGUCGCGCUCCUCGAGUACCUCCAGACCUCCCCGGUUCCGGAGGUCGUCGACGCCGUGUUCGAGGCUGCCGCGGACGACGACGACGACGACGACGACGACGACGACGCGCAGUCUCUCCUUCUGCGCAUUCUGCGCCAUCCGCUCGCGCGGCGGUCGCCCCCCGCGGCGUCCUACCGCGCGCGCCUCCUCAAGGCGUUCGUCCUGCGCCUGGAAGAGACGGGGACGGAGGUGUCCGACGCGCUCGCGGACGCGCACGCGGCGCUUCUCCUCGGCCGCGGCGGCGACGACGGCGAUGAGAAGGACGACGGCGCGUGGGGGUGGCGCACGUUCGCGUAUCGCGCGCGCGGAGGAUCCCAUCGCCAUCCGCCUCCUCCUCCUCCUCCUCCUCUCCCCGACGACGACGACGAUGGCGACGACGGCGACGCGCUAACGCGCGCGCUCGCGGACGCCGAGGUCCGCGCGGUGUCGAUCCGCGCAAGCAGGAACCUGUUCGAGGGCGGCACGGGCUGCCACGCCUGGCGCGCGGGGUUCCACCUCGCGGAGAUGAUCAUGAGGUGCGUUCUGUCUCACACUGGUCCCCGUACGACCGCGUCGGCGUGGUGA